AUGGAAAGACUCGGUCUUCAUGUCGGCGACAUUAAUAGUUUUCACAAUAGAGCACUUAAGAAAAGUGAGGAUCUAAUGAGCCAAGAUCGAUCUAUUGCCGUUGCCUUUCAUAAGCAAACUGAGAAGGAGAAGAACGAGCACCGAAUACGAUUAAAUGCUUCAAUUAAGGCCUGUAGAUUCUUGUUGAAGAAUGCAUUGCCCUUUCGUGGUCAUGUUGAAUCUGAAAUGUCUAUUUCUAAAGGCAUGUUCUUAGAAACAUUAGCCUUAAUUGGUGAUUGCAAUGAGGAUGUAGUUGAUGAGUCUAGUGACGUUUCUAAGAAGGAACAAAUGGCGGUGGUUUUACAAUAUGUUGAUGCGCGUGGUAUUGUUAAGGAGAGAUUUUUUGGUAUUGUUCAUGUGACGGGGACAUCAUCUUCAAUUCUUAAAUCUUCCAUUGAUACUUUAUUUGCUGAACAUGGAUUGAGUUUAAAACAGGUAAGAGGGAAAGGUUAUGAUGGAGCAAGCAAUAUGUGUGGUGAGUUCAAUGGAUUAAAGGCCUUGAUCUUGAAUGAAAAUAACUCGGCAUAUUAUAUCCAUUGUUUUGCUCACCAACUUCAAUUAGUUGUUGUGGCGGUUGCAAAUAAACAUAACAGAGUUGAGAACUUUUUUAAUAUGUUAGGAAUGGUGAUCGAUGUGGUGAAUGCUUCUUGCAAGCGUAAAGACAUGUUUCGACAAAGUUACAAAGAUAUAGUGGAAGAAGCAAUUGUGCUCCAGUAUGUUGAAGAGGACGAGGAUAAUGGUUUUAGUCGCACUCAAGCAACUGAUUUAUUGAAGUUGAGUAAGUUGUAUCCUCAAGAUUUUAGUCAUAUGGAAAGGAUCGCUCUUGAGAAACAGCUUAACAUGUACUAUUUGAUUGUGCGUCAAGAUGAAAGAUUUGCCGAUUUGAGUGGUAUUGACGAGCUCGCUAGAUUGCUAGUGGAAACAAAAAAACAUACAACUUAUCCUCUAGUAUAUCGGUUAUUGAAGUUAGCUUUGRUUUUGCCAGUUGCUACCGCAACAGUCGAAAGAUGUUUUUCUGCUAUGAAGAUUGUGAAGUCAGAUUUGCGCAACAAAAUUGGUGAUAAUUUAACGAUGCAAUGA